AUUGCCCUAGUAAACAAUUCCAACGUGUUUUCAAUUUCUGCCAAAAAUGAAAGGAAGAAAAGGACCUAACCGAUUUAGACAAGAAAAGGAUGAUGCCAAAUUCGAAACUGAAGCAUUUGCCUAUCUGAAUGAAGACACAGAUGCUGAUACAGGCAGACUGAACAAAAUAAAGCGUUUUGAUAGUGAUGAUGAACUGUCACUUUCAGAGCAUGAAGACUCAGGUCCAGAAGACAACCCUGUGGAAGAUGCACCAGUUGACGAUACUGGUAGUGACGAUGAGGCCCCAGAAGAUGUUGGUUUCCAUGACAGUAAGCAGUCCGUUCUUGCCCAGCUCAAGUCAGCCAUGAGACAGGUGGACACGGGGAAGGCUCGUAGGAAGGAGCUCAGGAAAAAGAUGGAUGCUCAGUUUAAAGAGCAAAAGGCGAAGAAGAAGGAAGACCUUGCCAAGUCAAAACUGCCUGAAGAUUUCUUGGAAAGCCUUGAUGAGAAAAUACCACAAAAAUCUAAAGUGGUCAAAGGGAAACGGAAGCAGAAAAAACUUGAAGAAUCUGGAAAUUCCGAGGAAGAUGAAACAAUAAAAUCUGUUCAGAAGAAGAUCAAGAUCUCUUUCAAAGAGGACUUCAUUUCACUGACUGACAGUGUGAGUGGUGUCGAGGUGGCAGAUGUCAGGAAGGUGGAGAAACGAGGUCAGUCCCAGGUCCAGACUGCAGCAGACUUCCGAAAUAACAGGCUGUACGGCACCCAUGUACGCAGGGAAUCCAACAAGAAAAGAAUGGCAAAAGCAGAGAAGAGAAAACAGAUAGGAAGAUGAAAGAUGUUUAUAAGCAUCUUCAAUGUAAUUGACUUGUACAUGGAAAAGACUCCUGUCCAGCCGUAUUCUAACAUUCACAGGACAGGCUAGCUGAGUUAAUGGCUUCAUAUGGGACUUCAGUGAAAAGAAUGCUCCAGUUCCAGUGUAUAUGUUCUAAGAUACUUGUCAGAAACAGUUCAUAGGAAUAUCAAAGUGUCUCUUGUUCAUAUAAGAUAUUUUAUGUUUAACAUCAUUUGUUAUUUGUAAUUUUGUUCUCAGUCUCAUUUUCAAAUGUUUGUUCGCAAUAGAGCUCCUAUAUGACUACCGGUAUGUUUUAUGAAUAAAAGAAGCAUUUUUAUUAAAUUUCUCCCAAAAUAAAAAAUUUUGUUCAAUAUUUGACCCAAUAAAACGCUGUAGCCCUUUUAAGAUGCACUAUUACUCCCAAAUAUGAUUUGCCGUAUUUAGUGUUUUAAUUUACGAAAAAGGAUUAAAAAAUAUCAGAAACAAUGGUUCUUAUGAAGGAUACUGUGUUUGAUUUGAAAGAAAGGUGCAGAAAACACGGUAUUUUUACCAUAUGAGACGAUAGUAGUUCACAGUAAAUCUUAGCAUUCACCAAUCAUUUGCGUUUUCAGCUAUUAAAUACACGGUUAUUAUCUUGUUAUCAAUAUUUAAUAUUUUCCAUAAAUGCAUUAUUUAGUAAAUAGUUGAAGGUUUA